GUCUUGCUUCCCAAAAUUUUCCCGACCCCGAAUAAGUAACAAACAAUAGAGUCGUCAACUGAUUAUAUUUUUCCUAAUAGAUUCCUUUUUUGCAAUUUUACAAUUGCACCCCUUCCAUAAUUCCCACAUAUAUUCCCUAAUUUACCCUUACUAUUUUUAAUUUAUUCAACUUCGUCCUUUCUUUCCUCUUCCCCUCAAAAAAACCCAAAUCUCUCUCUUUCUCUCUCACACACACUCUGUUUUUUUGUUUCAACGAUAAAUACAGAGAGAGAGAGAGAGAGUGAGUCUUACUUAACUCUAAAGCUCGUCGUUGUCUUCAAUGGUGAAUCUCAAACCAAUUCGAUAAAAAGAAAAAAAAAGAAAAAAAAAAUAACGACGCGAUGCCUUCGGAGUUAACACCAGAAGAACGAUCGGAGCUGAAACAAUCAAUAGCCGAGUUCCACACAUACAAACUCGGACCAGGAAGCUGCAGCUCACUCCACGCGCAACGAAUCCACGCGCCGCCUGACCUCGUCUGGUCAAUCGUCAGGAGAUUCGACAAACCUCAGACCUACAAACACUUCAUCAAAUCCUGCUCCGUCGAACCUGGCUUCCAGAUGCGCGUCGGAUGCACGCGCGACGUCAUCGUCAUCAGCGGUUUGCCGGCGAACACGUCGACUGAGAGGCUCGACGUGCUGGACGACGAGAGGAAAGUCACGGGGUUCAGCAUCAUCGGAGGCGAGCACAGGCUUACGAACUACAGGUCAGUCACGACGGUGCAUAGGUUCGAGAGAGAGGAACGGAUCUGGACGGUGGUGUUGGAGUCGUACGUCGUCGAUAUGCCGGAAGGGAACACGGAGGAUGAUACUCGUAUGUUUGCUGAUACGGUUGUUAAGCUUAAUCUUCAGAAACUCGCGACUGUUACUGAAGCUAUGGCUCGUAGUAGUAACAACAACUCCUCCGGUGACGGAAGUGCUUCUUCUCAGGUGACGUCGUCAUGAUUCAAAACACAGAAAUUAAAAAAAAAUGAUUUAUUUUUCUUUUUCUUUUUUUUUACAUUUAAAAAAAAAGCUGGAAAUGUUGUUAUUUAUGUUGCUUCAUAAAAAGAUUCUCUUAUAAUUUUAAUUUUUUUUUUUUAAUAGACAGUUAUAUUUACUGUUUUCAGAUGACGACAAUGACAUAAUUGUCCUUAUGUAGAGGUUAUUUUGGGGAUUUAAGGUUUAAUGGAUAACUAUGAAUCUUUCCGUUUUGGUUAGAUA